CAAGAACAGUACAGCAUAGCACCAUAUAUACAAGGGUUAGUACUGCAGAACUGUUAAAGUAUAGUUUAAACUCUGUAAGUGCAGCUUCUGCUCAGCUGUCUCAGUCCUCUCACGAUGUCCUCAGAUAUUUAUGCUGAACCAGAUCUAUCAAAGAAGGUGAGAUACAGCAGAAAGGAGGACGGAGUAGAGUGGGAGCAGAGGGAGGUGGAUACCUACGAGAGUACAGAUGAGAUCAGAGAUAGUUAUGAUCAUUUUCAGUCGCAGGAAGGAGGACCACAGACUCUGAAUCCUCCUUCAGUCCUGAAGGGCUCUUUCAGAUGUGCUACACUGGGUCUAAGAGUGCUGUGCCUCCUGAUGUUAGCUGGGAUCAUCAUCCUGUCCAUAUGCUAUGCUUUGAACAAGAGUGAGCUCCAGGAUGAACUUCAAGACACAAAAACCAGCCUGACUCAGUUACAGAGCCGUUAUGAUGAACUGAGUAAAAACCACAGUCAGCUACAGGAAGAAGUGAAGAAGCUGAAGGAGGAGAUAGAAGAGAAGUGUCCUGAUCGAUGGAUGAGAUUUGGAAGCAGCUGUUACUUUAAAUCCACUGAGAACAAAACUUGGUCUGACAGCAGGAGAGCCUGUCAGGAUAAAGGAGCUGAUCUGGUGAUGAUAAACAGCAAAGAGGAACAGGAAUUUGUCAGUAAAUUUGGAGGAGAGUCCUGGAUUGGUCUGAGAUCCAGACAGACAUCAGGAGGAUAUGAAUGGGAAUGGGUGGACGGAUCAGCGCUGACACAAACGUGA